CGGCCUACAGAUUCCCUUCUCCAUCUACAACUCCUCCAACCCCCAUCAAUCCACCCGGACUGCCUGUUAGCGGGCUGAUAUUCGCCCUUAUGCGUACUGCGCCCACCACCUACACCUCUCAAGACUACAUUAGCGACCAUCUCUGGAAGGCCAACGUGAACUAAGAAUUCGCACACACAACCGAUCAAUCUACCGAUUACACUAUCAACAAAUUACAACCAUCUACACCACAAUCAAAAUGAUUCCCAGCCUCUGCAAGUCCGCAGGCAUGCGUCCCGCCUCAGCCUUUGCCAGAGUCUCCAGACUCGGCAUGCAAGUUAGAGGAAACGCUUCGGUCGUCUCUGGAAGCCAGCGUGCUGCUCCUCUCCAGAACCGCAGAUCUACUGCGCCUUCAUACGAACGUGCCACCUUCACUAUCAGAGAUGGUCCUAUCUUCCACGGAAAGAGUUUCGGUGCUAAGACUAACAUCAGUGGUGAGGCCGUCUUCACCACUUCCCUGGUCGGCUACCCCGAGUCUAUGACCGAUCCUUCAUACCGUGGCCAAAUUCUAGUCUUCACCCAGCCCCUGAUCGGCAACUACGGUGUUCCUUCGUCUGUUAGAGACGAGUACGGCCUGCUCAAGUACUUUGAGUCGCCUAACAUUCAAGCCGCUGGUAUUGUCGUCGCCGAUGCCGCUCUACAGUACAGCCACUGGACCGCUGUUGAGAGUUUGAGCGAGUGGUGCGCCAGAGAGGGAGUUCCCGCCAUCUCAGGUGUUGACACUCGUGCCAUUGUCACUCACCUCCGUGAGCAGGGUUCUUCGCUCGGCAAAGUUGUCGUCGGUGAAGAAUACGAUGCUGACGAGGACGAGGCUUUCGAGGACCCCGGCAACGUUAACUUGGUUGCCAAGGUUAGCACAAAAGCCCCCUGGCACAUUCCUUCUCCCGUUGGUGACAUGCACGUCGCUCUUAUCGACUGUGGUGUCAAGGAGAACAUCCUGCGCAGUCUCGUCGCUCGCGGUGUUUCGGUCACCUGCCUUCCUUACGACUACCCUGUUCACAAGAUUGCCAGCCACUUUGAUGGUGUCUUCAUCUCCAACGGUCCUGGUGACCCAACUCACUGCCGCACUACCAGCGACAACCUCCGCAAGCUUAUGGACAGCUCUCAGAUUCCCAUCAUGGGUAUCUGUCUUGGUCACCAGCUUUUGGCCAUGGCUAUCGGUGCCAACACCAUCAAGAUGAAGUACGGUAACCGUGCUCACAACAUUCCUGCUCUCGACUUGAUGACUGGAAAGUGCCACAUCACUUCUCAGAACCACGGAUACGCUGUUGAUGCCACUACCAUCCCCAGCGAGUUCAAGGAGUACUUCAUCAACCUCAACGACUCGUCCAAUGAGGGUAUGAUUCACAAGCACCGUCCCAUCUUCAGCACUCAGUUCCACCCUGAGGCCAAGGGUGGUCCGCUCGACUCCAGCUACCUGUUCGACGCCUACGUCAACAGUGUCUCUCAGUACAAGAAGACCCAGUCUUCUCUUCACCCCAACAAGACCAACCGUCCCAGUCCUCUGCUCGUUGACUUGCUUGCAAAGGAGCGCGUUGGUGUCGCUCCUGGCGUGCCUCUCUACCAGCACCCCGAGCCCGUCGUUGCUCAUUGAUCAUUGAUCGGUAGUCUCUGAUUUUUGUCUGGCCGCGGGAUGGCGUUUGGUCCAAGGAUGGGAAUAUCUCUAGUUACAUGAAGUCCUUUUGAAUGAAAUAUAUUGAUCUCAACGAACUGUCGAACUGUGCGUGUGAUGUCUGAAUAGGAGCUCUCGGGUUGUCCCCUAGCCGGAGAGACGAACGAGCCUGUUAGUAGCGGUCAGAAGC